UCCGUGCUGCACGACUGGCUCGUUGCCGCUUAUCUGGACAGACAUAUUGUGAAAAUGUCAAAAAGAAGUGCUGACGCCUCCGAGGACGCCGCCGCCCUCAAGGCCGGUGAGCGCCCCCUCGCUGAUGCCCCUCCCGAUGACAUGGGCGAGUUCGAGGACGAAUUUGAGGACGAAUUCGAGAGCGAAGAUGAGAUCCUGGAGGCCGGCGUGGAUGGUCGGCCGGAUGCAGAGCGAGAGGAGGAAGAAAAAGCCGACGCAAUGGAAGUAGACCAACAGACAUUCAUCCCCGGUCGGACGAAACUGGCCCCUGGCGAGGUUCUCUCCCCUGAUCCAUCUACUUACGACAUGCUCCACACUCUCAGUACGCCGUGGCCGUGCUUGUCGUUCGACAUUGUCCGCGAUACUUUAGGCGACAAUCGAAAGACCUACCCUGCGACGGUGUAUGCGGUGACUGGAACUCAGGCUGAGGGCCGUCGGGCGAAGGAGAACGAGCUGAUGGUCCUGAAGCUGAGCGGGCUGGGCAAGAUGGAAAGAGAGAAUGAGACGGACUCUGAAAGCGAUUCAGACGACGACGAAGGGGGUGAAGCCAUUCUCGAGCACAAGAGCAUUCCACUCGGCUCGACGGCCAACCGUAUCCGCGCCCAUCAAACCCCGCAAUCCGAUAUCACCAAGCCACCGCAAACCAUUACUGCUACAAUGCUGGAGAACUCGCAAGUUGUCAUUCAUGAUGUCACGCCGCACUUGACUAGCUUCGAUGUCCCCGGCACUAUGCUCCCUCCUUCCGCGUCGAAGCCUCUGUCUACGCUCCGAAUGCACAAAUCCGAAGGAUACGCCCUCGACUGGUCUCCUCUUCAUCCUCUCGGCAAGCUGCUUACAGGAGACAACGACGGCCUGAUUUACGUAACCACUCGCACCGAAGGUGGCGGAUGGGUGACAGACACCCGUGCAUUCCGUGGCCACGCCUCCUCGGUUGAGGAGCUUCAAUGGUCGCCGAAUGAAAAGAACGUCUUUGCCUCAGCGAGCAGCGACGGUACCGUCAAGGUUUGGGAUGUCAGAUCGAAGUCUCGCUCGCCGGCCGUCAAUGUCAAAAUUUCCAACACCGAUGUGAACGUCAUGACCUGGUCGAAGCAGACUUCUCAUCUCCUCGCUACUGGCGCCGACGACGGACAAUGGGCCGUCUGGGACUUGCGGCACUGGAAGCCUAACCCUUCUUCCUCUGCCCCUAUUACGGCAUCACCGGUUGCCUCGUUCAACUUCCACAAGGAGCCCAUCACCAGUAUUGAAUGGCACCCGACCGACGACAGUGUCAUUGCUGUUGGAUCUGCCGACAACACAGUUACCCUUUGGGAUCUUGCCGUCGAGCUGGACGAGGAAGAGAGCCGCGAGGCUGGCUUGGCAGAUGUUCCGCCGCAGUUGCUAUUCGUCCACUACAUGGAGUCGGUCAAGGAGGUUCACUGGCAGGCGCAAAUGCCGGGUACGCUUAUGGCAACAGGAAGUGGUGGAUUUGGUGUCUUCAAGACGAUCAGCGUCUAA